AUGGUGCUGUGGGGUCCGAACGCGCCGGCGGUCGACGCAGGGCGCAGUGCCGCGCUUGCCGGUCAGGUCCACCGUGUCCCCGUUGACUCCCGCAACAGCGGACCAUCUACAACCAUUACGGACCUUACAGACCCGUCCGGAACCGACUGCAGCCAGCCAGAAGGAUCCUAUCUUGUAUUCAAGAUACUUUUUAUCUCUAUAUUCAUAGAACGUAACCCUGCAGAACGUAACACACCCUCCCCCAUCGACCCAGAAGCCAUUGAGGUGGACAUCAAUUUCCAGCCGGAUCCCACAGACCUGGUCCUGUCCAGUGUGCCGGGGGGAGAACUGUUCAACCCGCGCAAACACAAGUUCUCAGAGGAGGAGCUGAAACCGCAGCCUAUGAUCAAGAAGGCCAAGAAAGUGUUUGUUCCAGAUGAGCAGAAGGACGAUAGAUACUGGUCCAGGAGAAAGAAGAACAAUGUGGCAGCAAAGCGUUCUCGCGACGCACGGCGGCUGAAAGAGAACCAGAUCACGGUGCGCGCCUCCUUCCUGGAACGGGAAAACGCGGCACUCCGGCAGCAAGUGGCCGAGCUGCGAAAGGACUGUGGUCGCUGCAAGAACGUCCUGGUCCGAUAUGAGGCUAAGUAUGGCCCACUGUAAAGAACUCAGAAUAACGAAGUAUCAAUGAGACAAAAAGCAGAACUCCCUUCCCCGCAGAAUUCAACACAAACACCAAGGGAAUCUAAAUUUGCACUGUUGUCUUUGCUGGCCUCCAGUCACUGUGUCAAGCUCCCAAGUUUUGGAUACACACUGGUAGGCAGCGAGGCAUGAUGGGAGCGGUGGUCACAGGAAGGCCUGUGGAGAGCGCCUGGCUCCUACACUCAGAGAGAGGAAGCGAACGAUUGUGGAUACUCCCAUGGUCAAACACACAUGGAAAAUAUGAUCCGUCUCAACACGGUUUCAACAAAGUCAGGAAAUAUGAAAAGAGCAGACUGGUAUAAAAGAAUCACAGGCUGUUAAAUACUACACAAAUUAUAGUUUUAUCACUGCACAGCACUUCUUCUUAGUGGACCAAAGCAUGUGUGUAAGUUGUGUAUUUAGACACACUUGCCGUCCCUCACAUUUCCUUGUGUUGUACUUACGUUAGUGUCUGUUAUGUCUGUACUUCCUUUAAAAUACUCCAGCUGUGGCUCAGAAGAAGGAUGUUGAUUAACUCCAGACAGGACAGGAGAGAUGAAUACAUGAAUAAGGGAGCGGGAGACCGAUUCACAGUGGUACUUCCAGGCCGAGGAGAAAGGAAGCAAAGAUCUCAGGCUGGCAGAGGAGAAAAGGAUGAGAGUCCGUUUGUGGUGUGAUUCAGUCACAGUUCUUCCUUCUUAUAAUCCACAUGCACGCCUCUGCGCACACAAACGCUGUUUAAACUGUUUUUGUAUAUAUAGUCAUAAUCUCCCUGCACCAUAGAGAUAUGUGCGUCUAUCAGUGUGUAAUUCAUUUAUGCACUUUUUAAAAAAAACACACACAGUGUGUAGAGAUUAUAGUGGUGGCAGGUAUCUACCUUAUUUACCACAAACACCACGGUAGACACAGUAGCUUGUUAAGAAAAAAACCUUGCAUGGCCCAACAUUUAAAGCUACUCGGUUUCCUUUUCUACUAACCUCAGAUCAGCUUCCAGAGCCUCACACAAGAUUUUGUUAAAGGAGACAGAUUUUAUUAAAAGAUGAUGAUUUUACAAACAGAGAGAGAGAGUAGUUGUUUUGGUUUUUUGUAGGUUACUAUUAAAGGCAUAUGUCUGACGAUCUCCAGGGCCCUCACUAGUGGAGGGGUAUGAUAACAUGUAGGGAUGUUUAUUUUACUGCACACUGCAGGUAGAGGGCGCUAAAGCCACUGCCUGCCAGAUCAUGUUGUAGUGAUAGCUGGAUUGAUUUUUUUUUGUUUUGUUUUUUUCUUAAACGAAGGCAGGCCCAAAGUUGACUGCUUCUAAACCUUGUAAAUAAACAACUCUCAAGUCUCACGGUCUUCAUUUCCUGAGACAGGGAUUCUGACUGUGUCUUUAUUAAUUCAAUACUAUUCCUUAUAUUUGCCAAAUAGUCAAUGAGUGCUGUAUUUAUUCUGAUGGUAAUAAUGCAUCUAUUGAUUGUGAUGUAUAACAAUAUGUCAGAUAAUUCUAUUUCCUUUGAGGAACAAUACUUCUAAUGAAACCAAUGCAGGGAAUUAAAUGGGUAAACUGUGCUUUUGGAUGUUUGUUUUAAAAACAGAUUUAUAUAGUUUUAUGGGAUCUUUUUUUCUCUCUAUAUACUUACAGUAUGUGUCUGAACACACAGAGGACAGAGCAGAUGCUUAUUUACCUCAUCCAACACUUCCUAUUUUGAAUGGGUCAAAGUUUAGCAGGGCUACAGCGUGGUGUUGGUUGAAACAGAGAGCACAUAAAAAGCAGCUUAGUUCCAUUUGGCAAAAACCUUAAAUCCGAGUUGAUGAAUUGAGUUCUUUUUUGCCAAAUUGGCUGAGUCUGUGUCUCAAUUAGUAAAAACAUUACAGACUGUUAUGGGACUCUAUAUCUAAAGUGUCUUUGGCUGAUGCAGAUUUUGCAAUCGGUCGGCUUGUGCUCAUUAUCGCCGUAAUCUUGGAAAGAAAAUACAUGUGGCAAUAAUACUCUGUUAUGUAAUGCUCGUUUUAUUUCAGUGAUGAUGUUGUAUGUAAAAUUGCUAUGAUGUACUAAAUAGAAAUGCCCCAAAGUCAUUUGUGCUUCCAGUUUAGAUCCUCUGUAGUCUAGGAUCCUAAUGCAUGAAACCCAGUGAAUUUGUUUUUUUGUUUUUUGUUUUGCAUAUUUUACACCAAGUGUACUUAUGUCUGUAAACCAUCACUGAAAACUAGAUAUGUUUUUGGAUGGGUAGGAUGGUCUAUUGCACAGUUUUGUCAAAAGAAAAAGCAGAAGAUCUUUGCUAUGAUGUCCUGUGUUUAUGACUGGCAUAAUAGCGCUACCUAUCCUUGUGCAGCCAGUGCUUGACCUUGGGGCGAACAUCAGUUGAAAACAGCAUCUUUUGAUCACUGUGUGGAUUGUUUUCUAUUUACUAAAGAUUGAUCUAUAUCUAGAUACACUGGAUCAGUUGGUGAUUUUGUGUUUUCUUGAUAGAUUCUGUGUCUAAGUUUCCCGAUGGCGUAGUAUAACACACAUUUCCUAGCAAUGUGUUUUAUUUUGCAUUGACAUUCAAACUUGACAUUGACUGCAUUGUGCUGUUUAUACAUUGACGUAGUUGAUGAAUGCAAACUUUUGGUUACUUUUCAACUAGAUUAAAAAUGUUCUGCAUAAGGCUAAGUAAAGGUACUGGCCAAAGGGAGCCUUUUACAAGACAACAAAUCAAGAUAUUUUAUAGUACUGCAUACAGUAUGUAGCACACUUCUUUUUUUUUUUUGAUGCGUAGCACCUCAUGAAACUGGCUUGCAAUUCACAAACCUGCUCAAUGACAUGUAGCAGGCUGCAAAGGAAAAUAAUGAUUAGCAGCGGUUUAGAUCUGCAAAUGUAGAGAUGAAUGUCAGACAAAGAUAGUAAUAGCUGCUAUCUCUAAACUGCUGUUUUCAGGUCUGAAACUGUCCGCUCUGGGCUUCGCAUCGAUACCAUUAUGCCCUUGUGUACACUACAGUAAGUAGCUACAAUACUCCUGGAAAAAUAUUUCAAGUCUAUAUUGCAAACAUUUUUACAGUUUUGUUUGUUUUGUGGUGUUUUCAUUUAUUUUCUCUUUUUAUAUAAACAUAUGUUGGGUGUUUUUGUAUUGUCCUAACCAUGUAUUGGAUACAUGCAACAGCAGUACCAUGUCCUAACUAUCUUGUAUCAUGCAUAUGAAAUAAAUUGGGAUUUAAUGACA